AUGAUGCACCCCGAGAUAAUAGUAGAAGAAGCAGAAGACGAGGAAGAUGACGUCACGGAGGAAGAAGAGGAGGAUGACGUGGCGACACCCCUACGCCCCACCGACACAUUUCCACUGAAGCGACGGAAUAGUCCGUGUUCUCUGAAACUGAAUGAAGAACAUCUAAAGCAUCUGAGGGAACUGUCGGCACCCUCUCCGACACCAACUCAAUGCUCAACCAUGUCGAAACACGAAUUCCAGAAUUGGAGGAUUAGUGACGAUGUUAUGCAGGAGAUGAUGUGUAUUGGUUGUCCUGGUGCUCCAGCUGGUCCUGCUGGUCCUGGUGGUCCAGCUGGUCCUGGAGUGCCUGGCACAUCAACAACUUGUCCUGGUGCUCCUGGAGCUCCAGCGUUUCCAUUGGAUCCUGGUUGUCCGGAAGGUCCUGGUGGUCCAGCUGGUCCUGGUGGUCCUGGAAGAGCUGCUCCUCCGCUGCGUCCUGGUUGUCCUGGUGCUCCAGAUGGUCCCUUCUGUCCUGGAGCUCCGGAUGGUCCUGGUGGUCCUGCUGGGCAGUCGAAGCAGAACUGGCUGGCAUCAGCGACUUGGUUAUCCUGA